AUGCAGCUUGCUUCCCCUAUCUAUUUUCUACUAGAGGGAGGGGGAGAGAGGGACAACCAAGAUCCAAAUCUUGGCCUGGCAUUCAAAAGAAGAUCCAAAUCUUGGCCAGCGACUCGACCGGAUCUCCAGCCGACGCCGGCGACCAUGGCUCGCCAUCACCUCCUUCUCUUCCUCCCUCUCCUCGCGCUUGCCUUCUCCUUUGUCGUCGCCGCCCCUGAGGGAGAUGCUGCCGCCUUCAUCGAUGGCGCAUCGCACCGCUACCUGAGGGAUCAGCAAGAGGACCAGGCCACGUCCAUGUCACUUGAUGAAGUUUCUGCAGCUGUUUCUGUCUUGCUUGGUUUUGCACCACCUGCUAUGCUUCCUGCACCUUCUUCUGCAAAGUUAAACAAGCUGCUACUCCCAAACCCAUUUGACAGGCCUCGUUCUGUUUUCUUGAUGCAACUUGAUGGAUCCCAUGACUAUGUUGAUUGCUUCAUAUCUGAUGCCGGCAGUAUUUACAAAACCAAGAUUGAUGGUGCAAAAAGUGCUGCUAUAGAGCUUACAGAUAAGGAUGAAUUGAUUGUCAUUCGUUCGGAUGAAUCUUCUGGAUUAGAUGUUCUUGAUAACGAACUCGCCAACUUGGCAACCUGGUUGGCGGGAUCCUAUCAGAAAGCUGAUAGCAAAUUAAACAUUCCCUUGAAGAGUGGAAACAGUCUUACUUUGUUCCUCACUAAGGAAGCAGACGUUGAAUUUGCAUCCAGCUUGAUCUCCCUUCUUAAAACCAUCAAAAGGGGUAUUCAGGUUCACAAAGAUUUCUCAGGAGGCAUCGUGAGCCAUGCAGAGUUAUUAGUAUGCCACUUCACGGGCAUUAAGGCUCUGGAAGAUGAAUAUGGUUCCGCAGAAAUUGUUAAGCAGGGAGCUGAAGUAGUUCAGACAGCUCUCACAAAAGCAUUUGAUCAGUUGCAGGGAGCAUAUAAUGGAAAAAUUGUUGGACUGGUAAUAUCCGCUAAGGAGGCUUCAACAUCCUUGGCAUCCAUCAUCGAUGCACCGUCUUCAUUGCAUAUCUCAAGACGGCUUGCAGAAGCAUCUAAAACUAAUGCUACAGCUUCUAUAGCUGCUAUAUAUCUUGUUAGAUUGAGUCUUGCAUGGAUUACAGGGAUCAUCCUUCUCGUCUCAACUCUCAUUGGGAUUUGCUUGCUCAUGAACAUGCCGCUUACGAGGGACACACUCCUAUAUUCAAAUGUCAAGAUUGAUUAG